GGACUGACUGAGUACAAUUCAGCACCAAGCCAUAGUGGGAGAGAGAGAGAGAGAGAGAGAGCAACAACGGGACAGCCAAGGAGACCGCUGAAACACUCUUCCCCCAAAUCCCCAACUCUACAGAGAGAGGAGAGACAGAAGCAGCAGAGACAAACAAAAGCAUUCUUUUCUUUCAAUUUAAAGAAAAAAAAAAAAUCAACAAUACGAGGGGCGACAUCAUUUACUUGAGAGACAAAUUCAAGGAGAAAGGCGUGACAGGACGGCGUCAGUCAGCGACCAGACUUAGGUUUAUCAUCAGUAAAACGUCUCCAGAUACAGGAUUGUAGCGCAGCGGUGCGUGAAGGAUAAAUACAUCUAAGAGAAGAACCGACCAGAAACAGGAUGAGAGCGACUAUGAGGACCAUGUGGCUGCUGCUUUCACUCAGUUUCCUAUUUCAAAGUGUCUGCUCAGAUGUCAAUACUACUUUAAAGUCAGGUAAUAAUACUACUGCAAAUAUUGCAACAAUUAAUGCAACAACUACUGCAGCAGCAACUACUGCAGCAGCAACUACUGGAGCAGCAACUCCUGCAACAACAACUACUGGAGCAACAACUCCUGCAACAACAACUACUGCAGCAACUCCUGCAACAACAACUACUGCAGCAGCAACUUCUGCAACAACAACUACUGCAGCAGCAACUAAUGCAACAUCAACUAAUGCAACAUCAAUUAAUGCAGCAGCAACUACUGAACAAAAGAAGGAAAUAACCCCACAAUCAAAAAUUUCAGUCAUCAUCGAAGUGACUACUGCUACAUCCAGGCCAACUGACACGCCAGCCCCCACAACUACCACACCAUCAACAUCCAAACAUAGCAUCUCUGACAACACCACUGCAGCUGCUGCUUCUACCAGCACCCCACCCACUUCCAUAGGCAAAACUACAACAGCUAACAACACAGUCAUUUCCCCCCGUGCCACCACAACACAGAUGCCUGAAAGCCCUGGAACUAAUAAAAUCCUUGGGACUGAAGCAACUGUUGGGUCUGACAAGGGGGAGACAACCAAGAUCACAAAGGUCUUGACAGAUUACCCUACACAACUGACAACAGAGCAAAGUUCUAGGACUUCCACCUCCAUCACUAUCAACCCAAGCCAAGGGGAUGGCGAAGGAGUCCUUUCCAUGACAACACAGGAGAACAGCCAAGGAGUUAGUGGGACAAAAAAUGUAAGCAAUACAAGCUAUGAGCAGACAACACCGACGCCUCGUGUGACAGAUGGACUCACAGGGACCACCAGCAGCCCCUCCGCCAUGAUCACGGCAGGAGACGAUACUGCCGCAGUGACCUCUGGUACCAAAGAUGGAACCAUAUCCCAGCAGGCUGCCGCCACCGCCGCCACCACUACCACCGCAGCAGCUCAGCCAGAGACGUUUUUGUUUUCUCUAAACAACGGGCACGUGGAAGAAGAACGGAAAGAUCUGGUGGAGGUGUGCAGGCGGCUGAUGGUGAAUUUGCAAGAUGGAAACUGUAGCCUGACAUUGCGGCACAGCAAUGGCAAAACACAGAUCGACAGUAAUAUAAAUGGCAAUGUAAAAUCCAGCCUGGCAACCCAGUAUUAUGAAGAAAUCACCAAGAAACCAACAGACAACAAAACCCUGAUAGCCAUCCUGGCCUCCUGCGGAGCUCUGCUGAUCAUGAUUGUCAUCCUCACUGUUUGUGCCUCCCACCACCGCAAGCCAUACAACGAGAACCAGCAACACCUGACGGAAGAGCUGCACACGGUAGAGAACGGUUACCACGACAACCCCACACUGGAAGUGAUGGAGGUGCAGCCGGAGAUGCAGGAGAAGAAGAUGGCGCUGAACGGUGAGUUUAACGACAGCUGGAUCGUGCCCUUCAACAACCUGCUCAAGGAGGACAUACCUGAUGAGGAGGACACACACCUGUAGAGGCGACUAGGGAAGGAGAAGAUGAAACGUAAGGAGAUAGCGACAGGCUAGUUCUAGCCACACCAAAACAAACAAAAGAAUCCACACUUCUUGCUCUUUGACAGCCCUGCCUACUCACCUUACCGCCCCUGCAGCCAGAGAAGACUUUAUCACAAAGAACUACAUUCUAUACAACAACCAAGCCGCCAUAUUAAGGUUGUUUGUCUGUUGGAUUGAUUUCUGUUGAUGGAUAAUAAAAUCUAACACUUUGAACUGACUGAAAUUCUAGAUAGUGGCCUUGCAAACUUAAACACAUUUUCCACUAAAUAUAUCACUGUUGUGCCUACACAGUAGUUUUUAUAUAAAUAUUUGAGUGCAACUUCCUACAGCGCAGAAUGAAAAAUGUGCCAUUUAAAAAAAAAAACUUAGAAAGUACCCCAAACCCAAAGGGGAUUGUGCCUUUUAUUUUACUAUACCCAUAGAAAGAGUUGAUUUGUACACAGCUGUCUGUAAGAACAGUAUGUUUGUUCUUUUUUGCCUGCAAGUGAGGAGGAGCCAGGUGAUGUGUUCUAAACCAAUCACUUAGCUCUGGAGAACUAAGAGGAAGAAGAUCAGAGAGGUAACAGCAACGCCAGCUGCCUUGGCUGUUCUAGAGUUACUGUCUUCGAUAGGUGACCACAGGAUACUUUCAAGCAUCCUGGUGAUUUUCCACUAGUGCGUGACGCUAUGAGGGAGCUGCCAGUGGCUGUAACUUCCGCAACUGAGCACUUACCUUACCCCAAGGUUUAAAUCCAAAAUGCUAUGUAAUGACUCAAGGGUGUAUGGAAAGCCUGAGGGGAGCAUAUAUAUCACAAGUAUAGUGUGCAUUUUCGCUUCACGUCUUGAUAUGUGACCCUGACCUGUAGUUGUGAUUACAAAAUGAUUGUACAGCGUUUAAGGGAAAAGGCUCCUGUCUUUAUCUUUUGUCCUCUUUUGCCUUCCAUACAUGGAUGAUAUAAAAAUGAACUGAUCACAUGUUUAUGUGAGCUUUUUUCCUUUUAAAUAUAAGUCACAUUAUUUAAAUGCUUCAUUUUGAAACUGAUCGUUCCAGUUUAUUACAUCUUAGGUCUUAUUCUGGUGUCCCCCCCCCCAAAUAUUUAUAUCAACUAUUAAAACCAAAGUAGCUACUGAGAUCCGAGGAAAUCCUACAACAAAGUCUGACAAGGCAAGAACGAGCAGUCAGACUACCAGACUGGUUGUAAACAAGCCAUGCAUUUCAUCUACAUUAGCUCCACCACUUUAUUUGGAGGUACAACUGAAAGUGAACCAACCUUACUGUCACUAAUAAUGUCUUAUUGACAGUUGUGAGCACAAAAGUACGGUAAGCACAGUGGGUCAAAUUACUCUAGUCUUUCUUGGUCAGGUAUGACUAGUAGCAUAGACUGUCUAACAUUUCAGUGGUUUAUAACAACAGUAAAAUAGGAAACAUUUGUACUUCACCAAGAGAUAUUUAUCUUGAAUCCUACUUGUAAUCACAUUGAACUUGGCUCUCAGACAGGCCACCGAUUGAAGCAACCUAUACAAGAGAAUCUUGGGAAAUAAAGGGAAAUGUAAUGACUCAUUGUUCUAUCAGUGCCACGUAGCCACAGAGGCUGCUGUUCAGCAAAAGUUACUUUGUUUUGCUUUAAACAAAGGAAAAUGAUCUCAUGUUGCAAAUCACAGCUUGCAUGUUCCAAGCUGGUCUGUAACCUCUGGUGAUGUUUACAAUGGACCGUUUGCCUUUGUUUUCUCUUCCAAAUUAUGUUGGCUAACCUGUCUGGUUGUGUGACUGCACGUUUCGUGCCCUGCUGGACUGUGGUUGAAUUAUUACUGAUAGGACUGAUGGGAAAAACCACUAAAACGCCUAGACUGUCAUAAUGUGGAAUGAUCCUGAAACUACAUCAAAAUUACAACAUUUUCUGAAACCAAUACUCAAACAUAUCUUACUCUUAUUGCAUGUUAUAAAUGUAUGAGUCAAGCUGCAACACAUGUUGAGAUUUUCCAGUUCAUGAGGACCAGGAUACAAAUACUUUGAGACAGCUAUAUCAAGGGAUUCACCUCGGAAGAGUAUUAUCACCCAAAAUGGAGAGUCAAAUAUUGGGAAUGAGAACAAUACUGGACUGAUGGUGAAUUUUCUUUUUAAAGCUGGUAUUGGUCAAUACUGAUAUGCCAAUAACUUGGUGCACCUUUGAAGAGAACACUGUAAAUAGUCUAAACUGUUGCUGAUGCUGGAGAGGAGGAGUCAUUUUAAGAUGCCUUACGUGGUGUUCAAACCCUCCAAGGAGAUUCUGAGCACAGUUUUGUUUGAUAUUUUGGAUGCUUUUCAGUUUAAUAAUGUACUUCCCUUUAAACAAUUAAGAAGUUAAUAUAUGUACGUAUAUACAAGUGAAUCCAUCACCUUGGGCACUCCAAUCCAACUUUGUUUUUGUUUAGUUUUUAUUGUAUUUGUGUGUAUGUUUCACAUUUAUAAUAGCUGUGAUAUUUUCACCAAAGUACAUUACCAGUAUUUUAUGUAUUUAUGGUUUGUUUGCUGCUGAAGGCAGACAACAGGGGUCUGACACACUGGAAGCUGUAAAUUGGUGAUCGCCUUAGCGGUCGCGUUGUUCUACAUGUUCAGAUUUGCAAAUAAAGGAAACAUAUUUCCACUUUG